CUUGUAGAAGUCAAAAUCGACUUAGAUCCAUUCAAAAUAGACGUUCUACUGGAACGCAUCUACUGUUUUCUAGUUUAGGAAAACGUUAGACAGUCCAAUAUUCGAAUAUAAUAUAAAUUACUGUUGGAUAUGUCGGAUAGAAAGAGAAAUAGAAUGACAUUGGUGUGUACCACAUGUAAGAAGAGGAAAGUAAAAUGUGACAAGGGAAGGCCAUGCUCUUCAUGUAUAAAGUUCAAGCUGCAGUCGAGUUGUGUUUACCCUGAUGAGUCAUGGCCUGAGAUAAAGACUCCAACUGCAGGAGUUGCACUAACAGAACCUGGAUCUGCAACCACUUUCGACGGUUAUCCCAAUAGAAAUACAAAUGUGGCAAUCGCUCCCAUAGAUAAUCGUACUGACAGACCCCUUCCAUAUGAAGUCACUCAACCACUGCCAUAUCCACCUACAUAUCCAACCCCGAUACAAAUGUAUGGCACUCCUGUGUACGUAGAUAAACCUCCGGUAGAGAUUAGUCAGCAAGUUGGUCCUCCUUCACAAGAUCCAAGAAGGACUGAUAUGUACCGCCCACAUCCUAUGUAUUUAGUUGAACAGCAACAAAGAUCCAACCUCAUACCAAGCAAGAGGCCAGUCGAACCAACUAAUAAAGAUCCUAUGGCUCGUUCAGAAGAAUUAAAGGAUAAAAUAAAUCAAAUAGAAGCAUCUAUAACGGUAGCCAAUCUAUUCCAAGCAGGACACCCCACCCAUGGAAAUUCACCCAGAGAUUAUGCAAACUAUUCACAGUGGCAAUCACCUCUUGACGGCUCAUAUCGACAACAAAAUUAUAGAACCCCACAUUCCGUACCCCUUCCAGCACACCCACAAGGGCUUGACAAUGAAAAACAAAAUUCUCCUGCCGCUGGAAACAACUUGAAGUCUAUCCCAAGCUCUGGCCAAGAUUCUCCAGUACAAUUACCACCAAUCAAUUGGGUCAAUAAUCAGACAGGUAAUAAUAGUGCGGGAAUUGUGUUUGAUCAUAAGGGUAACCCCACAACUUUAUCUAAAUAUGUUGGAAUCAAUCCAAUAGCAUCACCAUUCGAGACAAUUAAUUUUUAUGAUAAAUAUACCGAUAUUCAUUUCAAAGAGUUGAAGAAACGAUUUAAUCCUGGACCAUUUUCUUGGCUCUCCAUUGUGAAAAAGGAUCAUCUGGUUAUGUAUUUGUGGAAACAUAUAUUAUAUUCUCGCGGAUUUAAAACUAAACUUUUCCCAGGUCAAGAAGGACACACUUCAGUCUCAGUUUCAUGUCUUCAAGAUUUUUCUAGUAAAGAAGACAGCUCUAUCGAUCUGAAAGUUGCUAAUAAUACCGAGAAAGAAUUUACAGAACGGGCUCUUGAUAGAGAUGGAUAUAAUGAUAUUCGUCCAUUUGACCAACGUAAGGAUAAACCAGAAAGUAGCGAGAUGUCAGAAGAAGAAAAAAUAACUGAACAACGAAUAAAGAUGAACGAGAAUGCAUUAAGUAGGGGAUUAACAUUAUUCGAGGGGAAAAUGAAUCAAGAAUUAAAGUUGAUUGAAAAAAUUCAAGUAGUUUUACCACCUCAAAAAGUCAUCUGGAUGCUUAUUAAUAGAUUUUUCAAAACUGUUUAUCCAUAUCUCCCAAUUAUCGAUGAAGGAUUAUUCAAAGGAGAAAUGGUGAAGAUCUUGGGACCAGAAAGUUAUCUGACGAAGAAAUCAAUUACUCUUAAAAUAAACAAAAGACUAGAAUUUGCUAAUAUAGGAAUAUUAUUACUUAUAUUGAGAUUCACAUAUUUGUCAUUGUUUCUGAAUAGAAAUGGAGUAAAUGAACAAAACUUGCACUCGAAAGAUACCUCUAAUAAAGCAAAAGAUUUGAAGUAUCUAUUAUCUAAUCCAAUCAAUAUUGAUGUGGUUGGGAUAGCGCAACUUUGCUUGGAGCAAUUCCAAAUCUUGCAAAAGCCUAGUAUUGAGGUUCUCCAGUGUUCAUUAUUGAUGCGUCUUUAUUACAAAUAUGCACCCGAGGAUGGAGAUGGUGCUGAUGGGGGAAAGUCACAAAUUACAUCCGGACUACUUAUUCUGAUGGCAUACUCCAUUGGAAUACAUCGAGAACCAGAAUAUCCCAUAGAUCCAGAAGAAGAAAAAAUUGCGAAUAUAUCAAGGAAAAUUUGGUAUAUUUUAGUGAUAACAGAUUUGAUUCAGGCAUUUACUUUUGGCCAUCCUAUGAUUGUGGACCCCAAUGUAUAUGAUACAAAAGUUCCUUUUUUUACCAAAAAAAAUGCAAACAUUGCUGACGCGGAAUUAGAGAAACAUAUUGUUGGGAGCUUUUUGUAUUCUGAUCGCUUCCUUUCAAUGAUUAAAUCUAUUCUUGAUAUGUGCCUCGAUUUAAAGUCCUUUGUGAAUGUUAAGGAAUUAACAGAACGAAUAUCCGAUUAUGAACAAUUUCUUGAGCACACUUUCGGAUCUUUAAACGAUCUUCUUACUCCAUUUGAUGCCAAAGCAUUUGGAUACCCAUUUCUUAAAGCUCAGAAAUGUAGGCAAUACUUACAUUUGAAAUAUUUUUCAUUGAGUUUGUAUAUUCAUUUAUUCUUGUAUUAUGAGAAUAAGGGGAAAGCUGAUUUGUCAUUUUUCUAUUUAAGGAAAAUGCUAACUAAUUCUAAUAGUGAAUUAUUACCAUAUUUUGCUAAUUUGAUUGGCAAUAUGCAUACAUAUUUUGAAGAGGGUGCACUGUUGUUCUUGAAUCCAACAAUAGAAGAAACCCUUCACAAAUGCAACCAAAUAAAUUUUUUGGUUAUUGUAAGACUUAAUAUGAGGAUUCACAAGAUGAAGUACUCAAGUCAACAUAAAAAUUUACAAAAUACGGACCCAGCUUAUAAAAUGUUAUUUGCAAGAUUAUGCAAACUUUCCUCAAAUAUGGAAAAAUGUGCCGAAAUUUGCAUUUCAGCAUUGAUGACAUUAAGUAAUAGAUACUACUUUGCAUGGAGGAUUAGCAAAUCGCAUCAAUUUCUUUUAAGUGUCAUGUAUCAAGAUGAUGUUUAUUCACAACUGGAUUCAGAAACUGGGAUGUCAUUUGUGCUUUCUUUGGAACAAAUAAACGAAUUGAUUACAAUCACUAAUGUUCCGUUGGCAAAAUAUAAAAGAAAACUUCCACCUGGGGUACGUAGUGGCUCAGACUUCCCUACAGCUACAACUACCGUUGCUGCUCCAGUUUCCACCACAGAGCCACCACCAAUAGAUCCAAAACAAGAUUCUAGAAGACUAUCCAAGCACAUUUUGGACUUCCCUUGGAAUGAGAGCAGUGCAUCCACCGUCGAUUCAAGUAAUAGUAUGUCAGAUCCAGAUGAAUUAAAUCUUAUGAACUCUGAUGUAAUUGACCAAUUAUGGUUUCAAAUUGCAUCAAUGAAAAAUGGGAAUGUUCCCGAAUUUACUGAUGACCUACCUCACACCGUCUACAACUCGAACUACAAUGACAUUAAUACCCCCAUUAAUAAUGGUGGCCAACAAAGGAACACACAAAGGAAAGAUAUGGAAAAUUCAAAUGGUCGCCAUCACUAUGGGAAUACUGACGAGAGUAGUACAUUUUUUGGCGACUUUGACAUGUUUCCAUUUGACUUGAACAGUGAAUUACCUGUUGAUAUAAAUAUCGCAAAACUGGGAGCAACGGAUGAAUUGUUGCUGGGAAAUAAAUAAAAUACUUUAACUAAUUAACUAAU